UGCGCGCGUUGGAAAGGAGUCUGUUUUAAUGGAGAAGUGGAUGUGGACAUGGCAGGUAACCUGCCUGGCGCUCGUCGCAUCUCUGAUGGAUGUAGUUCUGGCACAGAUUCGUUACACGAUCCCUGAAGAACUGGAGCACGGGGCAUUUGUUGGGAAUAUCGCAGAGGAUCUGGGACUAGACACUAAUAAACUCUCAGUCCGACGAUUCAGAAUAGUCUCGGGCGCAAAACGACAAUAUUUAGAGGUGAAUUUAGAAAACGGGGUUUUGUUUGUCAAUGAAAGAAUCGAUCGAGAAGAGUUGUGCGAACAAAAUCCAUAUUGUUCAUUCCACCUCCAGGUUGUGAUCGAAAACCCUUUGGAGCUGUAUAGGGUGGAAGUUGAAAUAUUUGACGUCAACGACAACUCUCCCGUUUUUCCAUGGAGCGAGUUUAACCUGGAUAUAUCCGAAUCUGCCGCGCCUGGAUCGCGCUUCCCACUGGAAAGCGCGCAGGAUUUGGAUGUCGCUGACAACUCUUUGCGCUCCUAUUUGUUAAGCGUAAACGAACACUUUGUCCUGGAUGUCCAGACGCGAAGCGAUGGGAGCAAAUUCGCAGAACUCAUCUUGGAAAGCCCGCUGGAUCGGGAGCAGCAGAAAACUCACCUUAUGGUUCUCACAGCGGUGGACGGGGGCUCGCCUGAGAGAUCUGGCACCGCGCAAAUAAACAUAACUGUACUGGAUGCCAACGACAACGCGCCUGUGUUUGACCAGAACUUUUAUAGUAGGCUGGCUGAAAACGCACCACGAGGGACAGUCGUAAUAAAACUUAACGCCACCGAUCUCGAUGAAGGACCUAACGGGGAGAUCACGUACUCUUUUAGCGGCCACGCGCCCAUGAGAGUGCGCGAGCUUUUCAGCGUAGACUCUAGGACUGGAGAAAUCAAAGUAAAGGGACUUAUAGAUUAUGAAAAAGCACGGAUGCAUGAGAUUUACGUGCAAGCCAAAGACAAGGGACCGUCCGCUGUGGCGGUGCACUGCAAAGUUAUGGUGAACAUUAUAGACGUCAACGACAAUCUUCCAGAAGUGAUUCUCACAUCUGUAUCUACGCCUGUCCAAGAAGACGCGCCCCCAGGCACAGUGAUCGCCGUCAUCAGCGUCAUGGAUAAGGAUUCUGGAGAAAACGGGAAUGUGGACUGUGAAAUUCCACAUCAUGUCCCCUUUCAACUUCAUUCUUCUUUUAAAAACUAUUAUACAUUGGUUACAUGCGAUUUUCUAGACAGAGAGAGCAUUUCAGAGUAUAACAUCACUCUUACUGCGCGUGAUAUGGGCUCACCGCCUCUUUUUACGCGGAAAACUAUUUUAGUACAAGUUUCAGAUAUCAACGAUAACGCGCCGCGUUUCAAGCAGCCCUCCUACACGGUCUACCUGACCGAAAACAAUGCGCCAGGAGCAUCCAUCUGCAGCAUCACCGCGCAAGACGCAGACGCGGACCAGAAUUCCUACUUAUCCUAUUCAAUUCUGGAAAACGACAUCCACGGGAUGCCAGUGUCCACCUACGUGUCCAUCAACUCAGACAACGGCAACAUUUACGCGCUGCGCUCAUUCGACCACGAGCAGCUGAGAAACUUUCAAAUCGUGGUUCAAGCAGAAGACGCAGGCUUCCCGCCUCUGCGCGCGAAUGUUACCGUGAACGUGUUUGUUUUGGACCAGAAUGACAACCCUCCGGUCAUUGUGUCCCCGAUGCCCGAGAACGACACUGCAGCGGUUGUGGUUGUCCCUCGAUUUGUUGACGCCGGAUACCUGGUGGCCAAAAUCACCGCUAUGGACGCGGACGCGGGGCAAAACUCGCGUCUGUUUUAUGAAGUCCUCCAAGCUACAGAUGCUAGUUUGUUCAGCGUUGCCUUGUACACUGGAGAGAUCAGGACAAUUCGGCGGCUGAUGGACAACGACCCCAGGAGACACAGGCUGGUGGUUUUGGUCAAGGACAACGGUCAGCCGCCGCUCUCGGCCACGGCCUCCAUCAUGUUGUCAGUUGUUGACAGUGCGCCAGAAUCCUCGCCUGAUUUUGGUGACCUCGCGCUCAGCCCUCACUACCGGUCAAACCUCACUCUGUAUUUAAUCGUGUCUCUGGGCGCAGUUUCGUUCACAUUUCUCGUGGCUAUUAUUGUCCUGGCUUCAAUCAAGGGAUGCAAGGACGGAAACUCGUGCUGUGGAUUUCAUGCUAAGGACUCCGAGAGCGAAGUCAUUAAAAAGUCGAACCUGAACAUUCACAUAUCACCGGGAUCCAUUAAACAGGACCAGUUCAACGCGAACAACCCAAUAGGCCAAAACUACUGCUAUAAAAUGUGUUUAACUCCAGAGUCGUCGAAAAGUGACUUCAUGUUUCUCAAGCCCUGUAGUCCGACGGGAACAUCUUCUCGAAACAACAUCAAGGAGAUGGAAAACAAAACCCUAACCUGGAGCUCAGGCAGCCACAGUAUUAGUACAAGAAACGGGACAACCUCCCCAAACGAGUUCAAACAGGCAAACAGAGACCGAACGCUCACCAAGAACCAGCUGAAUCACACGUAUAGGAGUAAUACCCCAUUAAACACAGGUAGAACAUUGCAGCGCAGACUGUUCCAGGACUCAGACAACUACUCCUACACCUCUGUCCCACAGUACUGGACCUGGGGGAAUCACAUACAUGAUUUUAAGACCUCACCCAAGGCUGGGGGUUUUCCAAAUCGCUCAUGGACACGAUACAACCAGCAGGAGUCAGUUCAUCCAUCAGCAGACUAUCAGCAUAAUGUUUAUAUUCCUGGAACUCCAUCAACACUCUGUACACUCAAACUGGCUAACAAUGGGGACAUUGAGGUCUACAACUCAUUCUCAACGUUUGGCAAAAAGAAAAAGCCAAACAACACCUUUCAAGAGGACGCCAUAAUAACAAAUGAUUUUUUCAAAUGAUAUUUAUAAUGUUUUUUUUAACCUGUAGGUCACUUACUGUAUAUUUUAGUUGGAUCAUAUGUGCUGUAUAUGAUUUGCCUUCAUAAAUUUCACAACAAAUAGCACCUAAAAGUAUUCUGAUGGAUUUUAUUUUUAAAUGUCUUCAGUCUUCAGAAACUUUCCGAAAGUGUUUGACAGAUGGGUGUUUCA